GUUUCUCCGCUAUGGGAAUUGCCCCAACGGCGUUCACUGUGAAUAUUGCCACGUACCACACUCCAGCCGCGCAGUGAAGCUAGAUAAGCGUCAGCGAGACUCUUUGAAAGAACUGAGCGAAUCGGCACUGCUCGGUUUGCUGCUACCGCACCUCAAUGCCCGCGUUUCAACAUUGAACCUGCCCCAAGGCGCAGCAGACACGGUAGGCUUGAUGGAGCAGCAUUUGGCAUCCUUGCCACAUGAGGCUGAGGGCCAUAGCAUGGCGGCCUGGAAGCUAAAUCAGCUGAACCGGCUCCUGAAACAGAUGAGCUUCAUGCGCUUGAUUCGUCUGGCACCCUGCAGCGAUGAGGGUGCAAUCAAAGAGGCGCUAGUCCGCCUGCAAGCCGGCAAGGCCAGUACUCAGGGAGAGGAUUAA